GUACUUUUUGUUGAUCCUGUCCAAGAAGAUACAGUUGAUUAUUUGAAAGUGGCAGAGUUAUUCCACCAUUAUAAUGUACCACUUAGAAUUGGAAUUGUUUUCAUUUUAAAUACGAAAGAAGAAAUUGAUGGAAAUGAAGACGCUGGAAUAGCUCUUUGGAGAAGUUUUAAUUACAUUGCAGAGGAAUAUGACACCUUUCAGGCCUUUACCUCAAUAAUUAAGAUGUACCAUGAAGUGAGAGAUGGAAAUGUUCUAACAGUAGAUGAUGUGAAAGAUGUCCUUAGAAGUGAAUACCCCAGUGCUGAUGUUCAGAGUAUACUAGGUGUUCAUUCUGAACAUGAUGAAGGGAGGAAGGCAGGAGCAACCUUUUAUAAAAAGAGUGGCCUGGGCCCAUUGCCUCAAGUGCUGUUUAAUGGCGUGCCCUUUAAUAGAGACGAGAUGGAUGUUGAAGAGUUAGAGACAGUUAUUCUUCAGAGGAUUAUUGAUGCCACCAAGUUCUUCCAGCGGGCAGUGUUCAUGGGUUUGCUAAACGAUCACAUGAAUGCAAUAGAUUUUCUUAUGGAUCAGAACAACGUAGUUUCCCGUAUAAACCCCACUAUUCUUGGAGCAGAAAGAAGAUACAUACAUUUCAGACCCACAUCCGUUCCAUUUGAUGCGGAAGACUUCUCUACUUUCUCCUUUUUGGACUCACAAGAUAAAAGUGCUGUAAUUUCAGACAACUUGAAGUAUUUAACAAAAAAGGAUGAAGACGCAAUAUAUGCUGUUACUAUCUGGAUUAUUGCUGAUUUUGAUAAGCCAUCUGGUAGACAACUGCUUUCUAAUGCCUUGAAAAGCCUGAAAACAAGCAGACAUACACGAGUUGGGAUUUUGAACAAUCCUUCAUCAAAAAUAAAGGAAUCUAACACAGCCAUUGCAAGAGGAAUUUUGAGUGCUUUUUUAACACAAAAUAACAGCAACUUAAAAAGUUUCCUGAGUAAACUCAGUAAGGAAGAGACAGCAAAAUCCCUUGCUGCUGGAACUAAAAUUACUAAAUUCCUCAUCCCAGGAAUGGAUGGCAAUACUUUUGAGAAGAAGUACAACACUUUAGGACUGGAUUUAAUUAAAACCCACCAGAUGUUCUGCCAGGAGGUUCUUAAACUGCUUCCUGGGCAAAUGGCUGUUAUGAGCAAUGGCAGGGUAUUGGGUCCUUUAGAUGAAAAUGAAUUCUCUGCAGAAGACUUUGAUUUGUUAGAAAAGGUAACAUACAGUACCUCAGCGGAGAAGAUUAAAGCUCUUGUCAAAGAGAUGGGAAACAGUAGUAAAAGUGGCAGUGAUUUGGUUAUGAAAAUAGAUGCCCUUCUGUCAUCUUUGCCUAAAACAGAGACGAGACAGGAUGCUGAAUUACUUAAAGAGCAGCACAGUGUAGUAAAAGUCAACCCCCAACAGAAUGAACCAUUCUAUGAUGUUGUUGCUAUUGUGGAUCCAUUGACAAGAGAAGCACAGAAGAUGUCUCAUUUACUGAUUGUACUCAAGGACGUUAUCAAUAUGAAACUGAGGUUAUUUUUGAAUUGCAAAUCUAAGCUGUCAGAACUGCCACUGAAGAGCUUCUAUCGGUUUGUUCUGGAACCAGAAUUAACUUAUGGGAUUAACAAACACCUUCCUUCUGAACCUGUUGCAAAAUUCCUAGAAUUGCCAGAAUCACCUCUUUUGACUCUAAACAUGAUCACUCCAGAAAGCUGGUUGGUUGAAGCAGUAAACAGUUCCUGUGAUCUCGAUAACAUUCAUUUACAGGAGGUAAAAGGGCCGGUUAUAGCAGAAUAUGAACUGGAAUAUAUAUUACUUGAAGGGCAUUGCUUUGAUGUGACAACUGGACAACCUCCUCGAGGGUUACAGUUUACUCUGGGCACAAAGAAAAAUCCCGUCAUGGUUGAUACUAUUGUGAUGGCCAACCUCGGUUAUUUUCAGCUGAAAGCAAAUCCAGGUGCUUGGACGCUGAGGUUGCGUAAAGGAAGAUCUGAAGAGAUUUAUCAGGUGUUUUCCCAUGAAGGAACAGAUUCUGUAGCUGACCUGACAGAUGUUACUGUGGUAUUAAACAACUUCAGAAGCAAAAUUAUCAAAGUUCAAGUACAGAAAAAGCCUGAUAAAAUAAAUGAAGAUCUCCUUACAGAUGGAACAACAGGAAAAUAUGGAAAUCUGGAAUCACUUACAAGAUUUUCAGAAGGAAUUCCAACAGAAGAAAGUGAAAAGAAAAGUGACAUUCUUAACAUUUUCUCUGUUGCAUCAGGGCAUUUAUAUGAACGUUUUUUAAGAAUUAUGAUGCUUUCUGUCCUACGUCAUACAAAAACACCAGUUAAAUUUUGGUUUCUGAAAAACUACCUCUCCCCUACAUUUAAGGAUGUUAUUCCUCACAUGGCUAAAAAGUAUGGUUUCAACUACGAGUUAGUACAGUACAAGUGGCCCCGCUGGCUUUAUCAACAGACAGAAAAACAGAGAAUUAUCUGGGGCUACAAAAUUCUUUUCUUGGAUGUCCUUUUCCCUUUGGCUGUGGAUAAAAUAAUAUUUGUCGAUGCUGACCAGAUUGUGAGAAGUGACCUGAAAGAACUCAGAGAUUUAGAUCUAAAUGGAGCUCCCUAUGGAUACACACCUUUCUGUGACAGCCGUAAGGAAAUGGAUGGGUACCGUUUCUGGAAAUCGGGAUACUGGGCAUCACAUCUUGGGAAAAGGAAAUACCAUAUCAGUGCCUUAUAUGUUGUGGAUCUGAAGACGUUCAGAAAGAUUGCAGCUGGAGACAGGCUUCGGGGCCAGUACCAGGCUCUUAGUCAAGAUCCAAACAGUCUGUCAAAUCUAGAUCAGGAUCUUCCCAACAAUAUGAUUCAUCAAGUAGCCAUUAAGUCUCUCCCUCAGGAGUGGCUUUGGUGUGAAACCUGGUGUGAUGAUGAGUCCAAGAAAAAGGCUAAAACAAUAGACUUGUGCAACAAUCCCCAAACCAAAGAACCAAAAUUAGAGGCUGCUGCCCGGAUAGUUCCUGAAUGGGUUGAGUACGACUCUGAGAUACGGAAGUUAAUACAGCAAAUUGAAAAAGAGAAGAAAAAUCCAUCAUUAUUUCAAAAAGUUCUUAAGCACGAUGAACUUUAGCACAGCCCACGAACAACAAUGGUGACAACUCAAUAGUCUCUGGAAAAGCCUGAAUGGGAGUUACAAAUGUUACAUUGGCACUAUUUGCAACAUUCUUUAAUGUUAAGUCAAAUAUUUUAUAACUUAUAGUGUUACUUAAAAUAUUUUAAAUGCAAUACCAAACCGAGAAAUCCACAGGUACUUGGGGUUUUUUUACUAGUGUGGAGGUUGGUUUUCUUUUUCUUCUUUAAACUACAUUUUGCCCAGGGGAUUUUAGAAUACGAAGAAAGAGGUGUUCAACUUCUCAAAGAUACACUGUCAGUCUGUGGGAGGACACACACAUUAAAUAUGUACAUGAAAAGUAUUUUGUGCACAUUGGAUGCAUCCAGUUUAUGUGUUCAAAUAUCAAGAAUUUUGGUUAUAUAGCUGUAGUUUUGUCCCUGGAGAAAUGGUCACAAGAAAGAGUCCCAGUGUAGCAAAGAUAAGGCAUAAAAAAUAACUUCAGUAAUUCAGACCACACAAAGAUAAGUCAACUUGGAAGCUAAAAACGAGGAAUCACACUUUUCAUUUAUUAUGCAGAAUUGCUGCACUCUUACAAAUUUUAAAAACUAAUUUUUGAUUCUUAGGCUCCUUUUGGUCACUUAAAUAGUGUGUCAUAAGAUUCCAUUACGAGUCUGGUUAAGGUGGUUUUCCAGCCAGCACACGUUGCAUCAGAGGGUCAGUACCUGAAAGCUGUUUCUGCUUGGUUUUGGUUAUCAUCAUCCUGUUUAAGACUGAAAAUAAAAUAAUAAAAUAUGUGAGUAUUUUUGA